CCCUUGGUCUCCUUUCUGCCUUUGUCUCCCCCAGGGGACGUCUUGUUGAGACCCAUCUUGGAAGCCGCUGGAAAGGACAUUAGCCACUGGUUCAACCCCAAGACCAAAGACAUCCAGACCCACGUGGAUCCACUGACUGGCUGCCUCAAGUACUAUACCCCGCAGGGCCGCUUCAUCCACAUCCCGCCCCAGCUUCCCUGCUCUGACUGGGCAAAUGAUUUCGGGCUGCCCUGGUGGAAGGACAGCAAGUAUGAGGUGGGGAUUUUAGCUUCCAAAACCCGGCACAUCCGUAUCGUUAACACCCUGACCUCGCAGGAGCAUGUGUUAGAGGUGUGUGCAGAGGAGUCCAUGUGGGACAUCCUGAGGCGCUACUUGCCCUACAAUGCCCACGCUGCCAGUUACACUUGGAAGUACGAGGGCGUGAACCUGAACAUGGACAAGACACUGGAGCAGAACAAGAUCCCGGACGAGGAUGAGGAGUUCUACCAACUCAACCUGGACUCCAGCCUGUAUAUGCCAGCCAUCCUGCUGUAUUUCAACGACGACCUUACUGAGUUCUAGGUGCAGGGCAAUGUCAUGCCACACUUCUCCAAUGAUUGGCCCUGGGUUUGGGAACUGAAAUGCCCGCUGCCAUUCCACAUUGGACUCAGGGGUAUUGUUUCCUGUCCAUCUCAGCAGUGCUGGUAUGGUGGGACUGUUUUAUACCAACUUGUAAUGCUUAUAACAGAGAUAAAAUCUGUUAGAAAACUGA